CCCCCCCCCUACCCUGAGCCGCUCCGCCGCCGCCGCCGAGGUUUCUGAUUGAAGGGCCUGGGAGCUCAUUCGACUGGCACUGUGGGAAGCUUUAGCCAAGCCAAUGCACCCUGACAACAAACUGCCCAGCCAUGGCAAGGCAGGCAGCAGCAGUGCCCUGGCCCAGCACCACAAUGUGAACCAAGCACCCACCUGUAACUUGGGCUCAAAGGGUGUGGGGGCAGGCAGCCAUGGCAGCAAGGCCACUCAGAUUUCCCCUGGCAACUCUGGACUGAAAAACAGCCAGAAUGCUGUCCCAAACUUCAGCUCCUUGAAGGGCAAGGUGAAGCGGGAACGAAGCAUCUCGGUGGACUCUGGAGAACAGCGAGAAGCCAGCACCCCAUCGCAGGACACAGAAUCAAAAGGUGAGGUGGCUCCCCGCAGUAAGCGACGGUGUGUGCUGGAAAGGAAGCAGCCGUAUAGCGGUGAUGAAUGGUGCUCUGGGCCGGACAGUGAGGAAGACGACAAACCUGUCAACAGUGCACACAGCUGCCAUGGAGCAGAUCCUGCCAGCAGCUCUCUGCUCUGCUCCCCAGGCUGUCAUGUAGCAGAUCCUGCCAUGUCUGCAGCCCCACAGCUCGGCCCAGGGUCCAACCCGCUGCCUGCCCUGAGCGACAGCAGUGCUCCCGGCGUGCCCCAUGGUGCUGGCCCUGGCCUGCGGUCGGAGGCAGGAGGCGGAGGCGGCGGAGCAGGGAAGCCUUCACAGUUCGUUUACGUCUUCACAACGCACCUUGCUAACACAGCUGCAGAAGCUGUCCUGCAGGGCCGAGCUGAUUCCAUUCUGGCCUACCAUCAACAGAACGUCCCGCGGGCAAAGCUAGACCAGGCACCACCUGCUCCUAAAGUGCUGGGCGUUGCUGAGCCACUUCCAGUUAACCCUCCUGCUGCCAACACUCCACAGUCCCAGCCACUGGCCCCUCAAGCAAGUCAACCACAGCCGCAGCCUCCCCCACCACAGCCUCCAGCCCCACCACCUCAGGCCAUCAGUCAAACACCUUUGCCUGCGCCCAACAGCUUGCCUCAGGAAGGGACAAGUGAAGAUGGCCGGAGAGAUCUGACUCCCAACUCUUUGGGGAACAAUAGCAGCAACAACCAGCCUGGAAGUAACCAUCCAAAUACGCCCACUGCAUCUGCCAGCACCAUGCAGCCUGGGCAAGUGGACUCCUCCGCCACACCCAGCUCCAGCCUCCUUGGAGAGGGCCCAGGCCCAGGGAUGCCGGGGAAUGGGCAGGCAGGCCUGGGCCCCAGGAACACCGUGAACUCAGAAGGGCUCUCAAAGGAGCAGCUGGAGCACCGAGAGCGCUCUCUGCAGACCCUGAGAGACAUUGAGCGUCUGCUGCUGCGCAGUGGGGAGGCCGAGCCCUUCCUGAAGUCCAGCCAAAAUGUGGGUGAGGGGGGGACUGCCCCUCAGCCACAGGCUGCCCCUGCCCAGCCCCCAGUACCCCCUGCCAGCAUGAAGAAGUAUGAAGAGCCUCUGCAGUCCAUGAUCUCCCAGACCCAGAGCCUUGGUGGGCCCGGCCUGGAGCACGAGGUGCCCCACCACCCUGGCGCUGACAUGGGACAGCAGAUGAACAUGAUGAUGCAGCGGCUGAACCAGGACAGCCUGACACCAGAGCAAGUGGCCUGGAGGAAGUUGCAGGAAGAGUACUAUGAGGAAAAGCGACGGAAAGAGGAGCAGAUCAGCAUCCACAGCCGGCCCAUGCAGGAGAUCAUGAUCCCACAGUCAAUGGGGAGCAUGAUGAUGCGUGGGCCUCCACCACCCUACCACAGCAAGCCUGGAGAGCAGUGGCCACCUGGGAUGGGCAGUCAGCUGCGGGGACCCAUGGAUGUGCAGGACCCUCUGCAGCUGCGGGGCGGGCCACCCUUCCCUGGGCCACGGUUCCCUGGGAAUCAAAUGCAGAGAGUCUCUGGCUUUGGAGGGAUGCAGAACAUGCCCUUGGAUGCUCUUGGGCCCAUGAAUGCCAUGCAGAGGCCAGUCAGGCCUGGCAUGGCAUGGAGUGAUGAUAUGUCUCCUAUGGGAGGCCCUGGGAACUUUCCACAAGGCAGCUUGCCCUACCCACCGGGGCAAGGGGACCCAGAAAGGUUUAUGAAUCCCCGUGCCAGAGAGGAGAUCCUGCGGCAUCAGCUCAUGGAGAAACGCCCUGUGGCAAUGCAGAGGCCCCUGGGGAUAUCUAGCAACUCCAUGAGCCAGGGCAUGGAAAUGGAGAGGAUGAUGCAGGCUCACAGGCAGAUAGAUCCAUCUAUGUUUGCUGGGCAGAUAACGGGUGAGAGCCUGAGCAGUGCCCCAAUGGGAAUGGAUUUUGCAGGCACUCGGGGGAUGCUGAGCCCCCCUAUGAGUCAGUCAGGCCUUCGGGACAUGGACACACCCAUGGGCCCUGGCAACCUCAACAUGAACAUGAAUGUCAAUAUGAACAUGAACAUGAACCUCAAUGUCCAGAUGACCCCACAGCAGCAGAUGAUGAUGUCGCAGAAGAUGAGGGGCCCUGAAAUGAUUACGCACCAGGGCAUGAACCCUGAGGAACUGGCCAGGGUUAGGGCUCAGAAUGGCAAUGGCAGUGCAAUACUAACAGGAUCCCAGAAAAUGAUGAUUCCCUCACAGUUCCCCAACCAAGGACAGCAAGGCUUCUCAUCUGGGCAAGGGUCUUACCCCAGCCUGCCCCAGGAGAUGAGCAGUGGCUCAGAAAUGUUCAGCCCUGAGCAGGGCACCAUGCCCAUUGGGAGCAUCAGUGGCACCACCAGACUCAGCCACAUUCCUCUGCCUCCAGCCUCCAAUCCCACUCCCACACCAGUGGGAAACCUGGCCAACAUGCACCCGGCACCUUCCCGGGGGCUGGGCCGCCGGCCCUCUGACCUUACCAUCAACAUCAACCAGAUGAAUUCCCCCAGUAUGGGUCACCUUAAGUCUCCCACCCUUAGCCAGGUGCAUUCACCACUGGUCACCUCCCCAUCUGCCAAUCUCAAGUCCCCACAGACACCCUCACAGAUGGUCAGCAUGCCACCUUCAAACCAGUCUGGACCUCUCAAGUCCCCCCAAGUGAUGAGUUCCUCUCUCAACGUCCGGUCUCCCACUGGUUCACCAAGCCGCCUGAAGUCCCCUUCUAUGGCUGUUUCUUCCCCUGGUUGGGUGCCAUCUCCCAAAGCCACCAUGCCCAGCCCAGGAGUCAACCAGAGCAAGCAGACUCUCAAUAUGAACUCAUCUGCUUCCAUCGGAGCACUGGAUCAGGGUUCUCUCCCUUCUGGGCCUCGGAGCAGCUCUUCCGCACCAGCCAGCAACACCUCUAGCACCAUGAAUCCGAACAUGCCUUUUACUUCCUCUCCAGACCCAUCCCCUUCCCAGAACCCCCUCUCACUGAUGAUGUCCCAGAUGUCCAAGUACGCCAUGCCCAGCUCCACACCACUUUACCACAAUGCCAUCAAAACCAUCGCCACCUCUGAUGACGAGCUGCUGCCAGACAGGCCUAUGCUCCCACCUGGAAGUAUGUCAGGUGUGACAGGGAAUCAGCCAAAUCAACUGCACUUGAACUCUGUGGGGCCUGGAUCCUCUCAGAGCCCCAUGGGAAUGAACCUGCCUGGUCAGCAGCCCCUUUCCCACGAACCGCCCCCCACCUCCAUGAUGUCCUCCCCAAACCCUUUGGGCUCCAACAUUCCUAUGCAUCCGAGCGGGCCAGGGGCAGGCGUUCCCUCCCAGAACCCCAUGAUGCUGCCCCCGGGUCCCCAGGACUCAUUGAACCAGCAGUGUGGCCCUGUGCCCAACAGUUCACAGAUGAUUCCUUCUAACCAGCUCGUGUUCCCCCGCAUGCAGCAGCCCCACAAUGCCAUGCCGUCUCCUGCCGGAGGCAUGCCCAUGGCCCCCAGUGCAGGCGGUGGCCCUGGGAUGCAGCAGCAUUACCCGCCAGGGAUGCCCUUGCCACCUGAGGACCUUCCCUCCCAACAGCCUGGCCAGAUGCCCCCUCAGCAGCACAUGAUGGGCAAGACUAUCCCUCCUCGGAUCGGUGACCCCUACCCGCCCGUGCUUCCUGGGGUGGCGUCGGUGCUGAACGACCCCGAGCUCAGCGAGGUCAUCCGCCCCACGCCCACGGGGAUCCCGGAGUUUGACCUGUCCAGGAUCAUCCCAUCAGAGAAGCCAAGCAGCACCUUGCAGUAUUUCCCCAAGAAUGACAGCCAGGCACCCAAAUCUCAGCCUUCCAACCUCCACCUCAUGAACCUGCAGAACAUGAUGGCUGAGCAGCCCCCCGUGCGGCCAGGUAUGAAUGCUCCCAGCCUCCCCGGGCAGCAGGGUGUGCAGAGGGGACUCAGCAUGCCCAUGUGCCACCCUGGACAAGUGCCCAUGCUGGGCAGGACAGGCAUGCCGCCCCAGCAAGGCAUGAUGGGCAACAGCAUGCACCAGGGCAUGAUGUCUCCGCAGCAGAGCCUGAUGGCCCAGCAGAAUUUCAUGCUGAUGCAGGCCAAGCAGAGAAGCAUGUCUGUGUCGGGGGAGAUGUAUGCCCAGACAGGACACAUGAUGUCACCUCAGGGCUCUCUCAUGGGGCCCCCACCUCAGCAGAACCUCAUGGUCACACACCAGAUGAGGCAGAGGAGUGUCUCCCUGGACAGCCAGAUGAGUUACAUCCCCGGGCCUGGGAACAUGGCAAACUUGCCUUUUUAACCCUGACUGGCGCUCAGGGCUGGGGAGGGGAUGGGGUUGCCCCUACAAACAUUUUUAAACCUUUCUGUAGGGGCGGGAUGGGGGGGCCAAUGCCAGUGGAGGACACCACGUGGGAUGCUUUUCAUAUCGGAUUCGUCUCUACACAGCAAAUCAGAUGUGCAGUAAACUUGAUGUGAAUUGGGUUUCUUUUUCCUUUCUUUUUUGGGGAAGAGGAGGGUGGAGAAGCUGGGAGUGGGGCUAUUACUUUGAACCCAGUGUGGUGACCAGGAACAUCCAGACCUUGUGGCAGUUUGUAAAGUUUUCACUUACAGUUUUCUUCCGUCAAGUGUUUUUCUUGCCCUUUUUUUCCCCUCUAUUUUUUUUGUCCUUCCUUUUUAAGCAACCAAAA